AUGAAGAAAUUAAAGAUAAUUUCAAGUAAUUUCUCGAAUACAUUUGGAAAUGACAUCAAUUCAUCUGUUAUAAGAGUUGUUAGUACAAAAUCAGUAGUUUUACAGAAUAAUUAUAUAGGAAAACAAAAUAAUAUUUGGUCUUUAUUCGAAGAUUCGGAAUUUUCAAUUGAAAAAUCCAAUUUCUCAGUUUCUCAUUGCAUCGUUUCAUCAGUUUCAUCAAAAGGAACAAUAGAAAUAUGUAAUUUUGAAAACUGUUCAAAACUCAGUGUCAUAGACUCAACAAACUCGACUAUUUCACUAGAUAGAUGUGAAUUUGUUAGGUGCAAAGCCAAGAAAGGAUCAGUGUUAGUUGCGAAGUCAAAUUCAUCAAUUUCAAUGAUUGAUGUGAAUUCAUUCUUUUGUGAGGCCACAGAGAAAGGAGCUGUUGCAUACAUAGAAGAUUCUAAAUUAAGAACUGACAUGUGCACAUUUAAAUAUAACAAAGCUCCUGCUGCUCCUUCUCUUUUUCUGAAAAAUUCAAAUAAUUCUGAAAUUAAAAGAACUGAAUCAAAGUUCAAUAAUGGAAGAUUUACUUUUAUUUAUGCAACAGGAAACAUGAAUUUGAGUAUAAAUAGUGUUAGAAUUGAUGAUUACUACACAAAAUCUGUUUAUUGCUCUGAAAAUGUUAAUGUUCAGUAUGAAAAUGCAUAUUUUAAAUGUGCUGGAAGAUGUCAACCUGUUUGGGAACAUUUCACUCCAAAACCAAAAAAUAUUUCUGUGAUUGAAAAAACAGAAAUAAUAAAACCAUUGAUAAAUUAUCAGACAUACAGAGACAUACCAAUCUACUAUAUAAUUUUAUUAUUGCUCGUAAUUUGUUUCUUAUUCGAAAUUUUGUAUAACACUUCAUGGUUCAGAAGAAGAUUUUGGUUCCGCAAGAACAUAAAGAAGCUUAACUUUCAUGAUGCAUAA